AUGGAUCGGCGUGUUUUAUGCGAUAGUUUAAUAAAAUGGAUGAAAACAUUAAAUUUAAAUCGAACAAUAAAUGGAGCUGGUGAUCUGUCAGAUGGAGUACUUAUUGGGCUAUGUUUGAAGAAUAUUGAUGCAAAUCAUUUUAAUGAUGCUUGGAUACAGAAAAUUCGUACUGAUGCUGGAGAUAAUUAUCGAAUAAAAGCUAACAAUCUCAAAAAAGUUCUCAAAAAUAUAACUGAUUAUUAUUCUGAAAUACUUGGUCAAACUCUUGUUGAUUUUCAAAUGCCCGAUUUAAAUAUGAUCGCUGAAAAUAUUGAUGAAACUGAGCUUAGUCGACUUUUACAACUUGUUCUUGGUUGUGCUGUUAGUUGUGAUCGAAAACAAUUUUAUAUCGAACAUAUUAUGUCAAUGGAAGAAUCUGUUCAGCAUGUUCUUAUGAAUGCUAUUCAAGAAUUAAUGGUUAAAGAAAAUCGAAAAAAUAAUGAAGAAUAUUCCGAAUUAGGAGAUCAAUUGAAACAUGCAUUAGCAGAACUUAAUCGAGUUGUUGAAGCAAAAGAAGAAAUUGAAAAUCGUUGUCGUGAACUUGAUCUACAGAUCUCUACACUUCAAGAUGAAAAAUUAAGUCUAAUACAAGAAACAACACAAUUAAAUGAACGUAUACAACAAAUUGAGAAUUCCGAAGAUUCCGAUUCUGUUGCAAAAAGUCGUUAUAAAACUUUACAACAACGAAUUCAAUCUCAACAAGAAGAAAUAUUCAAACUUGAAACAGGUUUACAAGAUUAUAAAGCAAAAUGCGAUGAUUUACGUGAAGAUAAUGAAAAUCUUCUUAAAAGAAAUGAUGAUUUAAUGGUACUAGCAGGUGAUGCACGAAAUUUUAAAGAUGAAUUAGAUAUUCUUCGAAAUAAAUGUGAAAAAUUGACGAAAUUAGAAUCAACAAUUGAUACAUAUAAAAUAAAAUUAGAAGAAAUGUCUGAUCUUCGACAGCAAAUAAAAUAUUUAGAAGAAACAAAUUUACGUUUAUUUGAUGAAAAAUCUAAUAUCGAACAAGAAUAUAAACAAGCAAAAUUAUUACAAACACAAGUUGAAUUUCAUAAACGAACAAAUCAAGAAUUAUAUCAAAAAAUAAGUGAAUUACAACGUUUAGCUGAUAAAGCUGAAUUUGAAAGAAAUCGAAGUGAAGAAAAACUAAAUGUUAUUAAUGCUGAAAAAUUAAAUUUAAUAAAUGAAAUCGAAUUAUUAAAAGAAACAAAUGAACAAUUACAAGCUGUUAAUUUAGAUGAAGUUACUGGUGAUAUUAAUUUAAAAGAUCAAUUCACUGGAUCACUUGAAGAUCUCAAUUUUUUUAAUCUACCAGCUGAUGUUAGAGAACGUUUUAUUCGUUUACAACAUGAAAAUAAAAUGUUAAAAUUACGUCAAACAGAAGAGAAUAAUAACGAACAAAUUUUAAUUCUUCAAGCUAAUUGCGAACAACUCAAAGAUCAAAAUAAUCAUUUAACAAAUGAUCUCUGGAUGUCAAAUCAAAAAAUUCUUGAAUUAGAAGCUACACUUAAAGAUACAACAUCAUUAGCAGAAAAUACAAGUGAAAUAGCUGAUCUUAAAAAAUCUCUUAAUCGAUCUAUGGCACGUUAUGAUGAAGAAUCAACACGAACAAAAAGUCAAAUUGAUGAAUUACAAAAACGAUUAGAUAUUUCUGAAAAACAAUUAAUUGAAAAAGAUACAAUUAUAUCAACAAAAACAUCAGAAAUUAAUGCAAUGGAAGAACGUUAUGUUCAAUAUUUAGAAAAAGCAAAAAUGAUCUUACGUCAAAUGGAUCCACGUAAUACAAAUUCAAUAAGUAAUCAAGAAAUACAACUGUUACGUAAACAAAUCGAUGAAAAAGAUCGAAAAUUAAAAGAACUUGAUAAAGAAUAUGAAAAAAUGAAAGCAAUUAAAGAAGAUCAAGAAAAAUUAUUAAUUAGUGCAUGGUAUUCAUUGGGUAGUACAUUUCAACGACGUGAAUUUGAAGAACGUUUAAAAUCUCAUGAAAAUCAAUCAUUUCUAUCUAAACAACGUAAUAUACCAUCAACACGUAAACAAUUACCAACUGAUCCGUCCAAUUCAUCAUUAAAUGGAAUGUUAAAAUUUACUCUAUAUAAUCAUGUUAAGUAUAUACGUUGUAGUCAUGUUAUUUUACAGCGUUUACUUUCGACACAAUCAUUACCAUCGAAAGUAAAUCAGUCAGCAGCUUCACCUGUUGGCACAGGUUUAAGCACAGUAGAACCAUCAAAUAAUCUUCCAAUUCUUUAUAUACCAAGUUUAAUGUCACGUAUUAAAAUGAAACUUGGUUUACAAGGAGAAUUACGUGAACCACAAAAUGUUUUGUAUCAAGCAUCAGCCAUAUCAUAUUAUAUGAUCGGUUCAUCAGUUGAUUAUGAUGCAAUACAACGUGAACUUGAUAUGCCAGAUGUUUUUGCAUCAUUUGGAAGAAUUGUAUUUUUACAUAUUUGGUUUUUACUUGUUCGUUAUAUUCAAUUAGGUCCUACUGGUUUAUUUCUUCGUCGUCAAUUAGCUCGUACAAUGUGGACAGAUCUUGAUUUACGUGCUCAACAGAUUCUACCUGGUCAAGCAAAACAACGUCGUCAACAAUUUGCUGAAUUACGUUCGGAAAUGAAUGCAUUUAUGUUAGCAUUUGAUGAAGGUCUUGUUGAUGAUGAUACGGUAUUAGCUGCUGCUGUAUGGAGACAUUUUUGUCAUUUUCAACCAACUCCACUUGAUCGUCUUGUUAAAAUGGUAACUUAUAUAAGAAAAAAUAUUCGACAUUUAGAACAAUUACCUGAUGAAAAUUUUAUGAAAAAUGGUUAUGUCUAUUUUUUACCAUUAAAUGGUGAUACUGUUGAUACAAAAUUUGUUAAUCAACAUUAUCUAGAUUUUAAAAAUAAAGCUGAAGGAAAUAUUCGAAAACAAUAG